AUGUCAGUAUGCAAUGGUUUUCAUCAGAGUUCAGAUGUUGCCAAGAAUCUGUUCAACGACUUAUUCAUCAAUAAAAGUUACAAUAAACAAGUGAGACCAAUUAACGAUCAAAAUGAUGCCAUUCUGGUGACUGUCAAUUUCAGGCUGUUUAGCAUUCAUAAUUUUGAUGAGGUGGCAGAAAAGAUUGCUGUUUCUGGUUACUUGGAUGUUAUAUGGUGGGAUGACCAUCUAGUUUGGAAUAGAUCAGCUUACAACGAUAUUUACGACAUGAUAGUUCUUCAGUUUCAUUUACAUUUAACUUUAGAUAAAACGAAACCGGAUAUUGUAUUGAAAAAUGGUUUCAACAAGUUUGAAGAAUUAGGCGGAAGUUUUUAUUAUGUCAUUGCUGAUUACAACGGCCUAGUAGCUUGGUAUCCUUAUCACAUGUUUGAAAGCCAAUGUGCCAUGGAUGUUACCUUUGAUCCAUUCGAUGAACAGACUUGUCAUGUUAUAUUUUCCAUUUGGACGUAUCGUUAUUACGAAGUUGGAUUUUAUCCUGAUUCCAAAUUAGGACUGGGGGGAUACGUAGAAAAUAGUUUAUGGACAAUAACAUCAACUUCGGUGCAGAUAAACAGGGUAUUGGGAAGCGAUGAGAUCGAUUUUACAAUUAAUCUACGCCGUAAACCUAUGUAUUACAUAGUAAAUAUUAUCAUAUCUUUAAUAUUCCUAGGCAUUCUUAAUUCUUUAGUAUUUAUUAUCCCUGCCGAUGCUGGCGAGAAAAUGUCAUAUUCAGUUACUGUCUUUUUGUCGUUCGCGGUAUUUUUAACAAUAAUCAAAGCCCAACUACCCGUCAAUUCAGAAAGCACAUCUAUCCUGAGUAUUUACAUCGUAGUUCAACUAAGUUACUGUAUUUUAGUUCUUGUCGUUAAUUCAUUCCUGUUAAGAAUGCAUCAUAGAAAUGAAUGUAAUGAAAAAUCUAAAAUAUUUGUAAUUGCUGUUAAACUUCAAAGAAGGAUGUGUUUCUGGAGAAGUAAAACUCAAUCCGAUACUUACGAGAAAAAACACACCAACGUCACAGAUGGAUGUGCGAUUGAAAAUGCAUCCCCUAAAAUGAAUGACUCUGAAGACGCAAUGUAA